AUGUCCACGAUUGGUGCACAAGUGAGACAGGCUGUUCCCACGGUUGACUCGGUGGUGUCCGACUACGUGGUUGGCUACAUCAACCAUGUUUCCGAUGCCACUGAAGAUAGUGUUCGAGCACAACGACUCAACAUUGACGAAGAGAUGUCAUUCCUCACCAACUUGUUGAUAUCUGCUGGUGGGUCCAAGGAAAAAAUACAAACUCUUGCUGAAACCAUCACCAAACAGCUCAGUGAGAAACUUCAGAAAAAUAUGGAGAAAUUGGCCAUUACUGGUGACACUUCAAAGAGAUUGUUGGAUAUCAAUGUUUUGCAAAAUAAUAACAAGAGAGAUAUCAACACUUCACUCGCCUUACUCUCGGCAAGUAACGACAUUGAACACACUGGAAGAGUAAUGGAAUCAAGAGUUGACAAGAAGAAAUUGGAGAAGCAAGAGCGCAAGAUUGCCAAGAAAGUUGCUAAACGUAACAACAAAUUUGUUCAGUAUGAAGCAUCGAAAUUGUUAAAUGAACAACAAAAGGAAGAUUACGAUUCAUUCUUUCUCGAAAUUAACCCGUUGGAUUUUGGAUCAAGUGCUGGGAAAUCCAAGGAUAUCAAGAUUGAUAACUUUGACUUGUAUGUUGGCGACGGUCAAAGAAUCUUGAGCGAAGCCUCAUUAACCUUGGCUUAUGGAAGACGAUAUGGUCUUGUUGGUCAAAAUGGUAUUGGUAAAUCUACUUUGCUUAGAGCAUUAUCGAGAAGAGAAUUAAAUAUUCCAAAACACAUCACCAUUUUGCAUGUCGAACAAGAAAUCAGAGGUGACGACACGCCAGCUAUCCAAAGUGUGCUAGAUGCUGAUGUUUGGAGAAAGAGCUUGCUCCAAGAAGAACUGAAAAUUAAUGAACGUAUUGCAGAAAUUGAAAAUUUGAGAAAAGAAUUUGAGGAGGAAUCAUUAGAGGUGAAAAAGUUGGAUAAUGAAAGAGAUGAUCUCGAAAUGCAUUUACAAGAAAUUAACGAAAAAUUAUACGAGAUGGAAUCAGAUAAAGCAGAAAGUAAAGCAGCCGCAAUCUUGUAUGGUUUGGGUUUUACCAAGGAAACACAAAACAUUCCAACAAAGCAAUUUUCCGGUGGUUGGAGAAUGAGAUUAUCAUUGGCAAGAGCAUUGUUUUGUCAGCCAGAUCUUCUUUUACUAGAUGAACCAUCAAAUAUGUUGGAUGUUCCAUCCAUCACUUUUUUGGCCAACUAUUUACAAACAUACAAAUCUACAGUGUUGGUUGUUUCGCACGAUCGAGCAUUCCUUAAUGAAGUUGCCACCGAUAUCAUUCAUCAGCAUUCAGAAAGAUUAGAUUAUUACCGAGGCUCCAACUUUGACUCCUUCUACGCAACUCGUGAAGAGAGAAUCAAGAACCAAAAGAGGGAAUACGAAAGUCAAAUGGCAUAUAGACAGCACUUGCAAGAAUUUAUUGACAAGUUUAGAUAUAAUGCAGCAAAAUCUCAAGAAGCACAAUCGCGUAUUAAGAAAUUGGAAAAGUUGCCCAUUUUGGAACCACCAGAAGACGAUAAGGUUGUUACAUUCAAGUUUGCAGAACCAGAUGGAAUAUCACCACCUAUUUUGCAAUUGCAAGAUGUCACUUUUGGUUAUGAUCCAUCAAAAAUCUUAUUCAAAGAUGUGAACCUUGAUGUUCAAAUGGACUCUCGUGUAGCAUUUUGCGGUGGUAACGGUACUGGUAAAACCACCUUGUUGAAACUUAUUAUGGGCCAACUUACACCUUUGAGUGGGUAUGUCAACAAGAAUGGUCGAUUGAGAAUUGGUUAUUUUGCUCAGCACCAUGUCGAUGCAAUGGACUUGUCCCUUUCUGCAGUAUCAUGGAUGAGCAAAACAUUCCCAGGUAAAUCAGAUGAAGAGUAUAGGCGACACUUGGGAUCUUUUGGUAUCACUGGACCAUUGGGAUUACAAAAGAUGCAAUUGUUAUCAGGUGGUCAGAAAUCGAGAGUGGCAUUUGCUGCAUUGUGUAUGAAUCAACCACAUAUAUUGAUUCUAGACGAGCCUUCGAAUCACUUGGAUACUCAAGGUCUUGAUGCCCUUGCCGAAGCAAUGCGGAAUUUCAAAGGUGGUAUAUUAAUGGUUUCGCACGAUGUGGCAAUCAUUGACAAAGUUUGUAAUGAGAUUUGGGUUGCCGAAAACGAUACGGUAUCGAAAUUUCCAGGUGAUAUUCAUGCAUACAAGAAACAUAUUCUACAAUCGGCCAACAUUGCUGGUGUUGUGAAGAAACAUUAA